AUGUUUCAGACCGCGCUCAUGUCUAGCUCGGAUGCGGUGACGCUUUUCGAUGCCGGAGUUGGCCAGGCACAAGGGAGUCGAGAUCGUCAGGAGGAUUACUAUACUGUAAUCCGCCCGGAACAGUUCCCCGCCGAGACUCAAGACAAGCUGGCGUUCUUCGCCAUUUACGAUGGACAUGGUUCCGGACUGGUUGCAGACCACGCAAGCAAGCAGCUGCACCGCUUACUUGCUCAGAGACCUGAAUUCGAACAAGGCGACUACGCCGGGGCCCUGAAGGCGGCUCUCGCCGACGAGGAUGGCCUGUUGCUGGAAAGCUUCAAGCACGACAGCGCGGAGCCUGCGUUGUCUGGGUCGACCGCAGCCAUCUGUUUGAUUAACCUUACUGCAGGCGAGCUAGUGGUGUCUAACUUGGGCGAUUCGCAUGUUCUCUUGGCUGAGCGGGAUCCGAAGACGGAGUGCCCGUAUCAUAUCCGACGAAUCACAGAGGCACAUAAGCCCGAGACGCCUAGUGAACGAGCCCGAAUCAAAGAGGCUGGAGGUAGCGUGGAGAUGAGGAGCGGUGUCCCGCGGGUCGGAUCCCUGAACAUGUCCCGCGCGCUAGGCGACCUGCAGUACAAAACGCCGGUGAACAGUGCGGAGGAUGAUAACUCGAUGCUCCGCGACCGACGCGCCUCCUCGUCAUCGAAGCCUACCCAAGGAGACUUUGUAUCCAACGACCCAUAUACCUCACGGCGGAAAUUGCAAUCGAACCGACGCUAUUUGUUGGUAAUCGUGUCGGAUGGGGUCAGUAACCAGGCCGACGAUGGGGCUUUGAUUCAACAUGUGAUGAAGUUGGCGAUGCGGGGGAUGCGAGCGGGCGAUAUUGCACAGGAUAUCGCCACCAAUAGUGCCAAUCACCCGCAGAGCGACAAUUCCACCUGUAUUGUCGUAUUGUUGGAUGGACAGUUCAGCUGA